CCCGCAGGGUUCCCUGAGCCCCCGGGCCCCAGGGAGGAGGGGGAGGAGGAGGAAGAGGACAGGCGGAGGAGCAGGAGACCCGUCACCUUCACGCUGGGCAAUGAGAUGCUGGGGCUGGGCCCAGGCCCGGAGAGCGAGCUGCAGAGCCCUGACGCCGAGGUCUACAUGCACUUCAUGAGGAGCCACUGCUGCUACGAUGCCAUCCCCACCAGCUGCAAGCUCGUCGUCUUCGACAUCUCCCUGGAGAUCAAGAAAGCCUUCGUGGCACUGGUGGCCAACGGAGUGCGCGCCGCCCCGCUCUGGGACAGCAAGACGCAGAGCUUUGUGGUCAACAUCCCCCCCCGCUACUACCGCUCGCCCCUGGUUCAGAUCUACGAGGUGGAGGAGCACAAGAUCGAGACCUGGAGAGAGGUGUCCCUGCAGGGCUCCUUCAAGCCGCUGGUCUGCAUCUCCCCGAGCAAUAGCCUCUUCGACGCCGUCUACUCCCUGAUCAAGCACAAGAUCCACCGCCUGCCUGUCAUCGAGCCCAUCUCGGGCAACGUCCUGCACAUCCUGACGCACAAGCGCAUCCUCAAGUUCCUCCACAUCUUCGGCUCCACCAUCCCCAAGCCACGCUUCCUGAAGAAAACGGUGCAGGAGCUGUGUAUCGGCACCUUCCGCGACGUGGCUGUCGUGCCCGAGACAGCCCCUGUCUACACUGCCCUGGAGAUCUUUGUGGACCGCCGUGUCUCUGCCCUGCCUGUCAUCAACGAUGCCGGGCAAGUGGUCGGCCUCUACUCCCGGUUCGAUGUCAUUCACCUGGCAGCACAGAAGACCUACAACACCAGUGUGCGGGAAGCGCUGCGGCAGCGCACCAUCUGCCUGGAGGGGGUCCUCACCUGCUACCCCCACGAAACCAUGGAGGACAUCAUCGAUCGCAUCGCCAAGGCACAGGUCCAUCGCCUGGUUCUGGUGGACGAGAACCAGUACCCGCGGGGCAUCAUCUCCCUCUCUGACAUCCUCCAGGCCCUUGUGCUCACUCCCGCAGGCAUCGAUAGAUCCUCGCUCUGA